UUUUUUAUAAUAUUGUCUUCGCUCACCAUGUUAUCUUAAUUAAUUCGAGUCUCCACCGAAUAACGUUUCACAUUCACGGUUGCCGCAUUCGAUUAAUUCGAUUUAGAAGUCGUCUUGACUCUUUCAAAUUGUAUUCCAUUGACUGCGAUCGUAUAAGACAGCUAUGGCUGACAGUAAAAGUGCCGAUAUCAAUAAUGUAUUCCCGGAAUUGGACGUAGACCAAUUGGAAGUAAACGUAAUCGAAAGUCUGUGCUUUAGUUGUGGAAAGAAUGGCACCACACGGCUCUUGUUGACACGCAUUCCAUUUUACAAAGAACUGGUAAUAUCAUCAUUUGAUUGUCCACACUGUAAUUAUAAAAAUAACCAAUUGGACCCAGCAAUCGAAAUUAAGCCACAAGGUGUUCGGAUGUCUUUAAAUAUUGAAAACAAAGAAGAUUUGGAUAGAUAUGUGAUUACAACAGACUACACAAGUGUACAAGUGUUAGAUUUAGACUUUGAAAUACCACCAAUGUCACAACGAUCACAAGUAACUACUGUUGAAGGCAUAAUUACCAAGACAAUUACAAAUUUAAGUGAACAAAAAAAAGUUCUUGAUCUAACACAUCCUGAAUUAGCAUCAAAAAUGGAAGUUGUAAUUAAUGGAUUGAUUGGUAUCAAAAAUCUUACCAAGCCCAUUCCAAUGAUGGUUUUUGAAGAUGCAACUGGGAAUAUAUUUGUUUCAAAUCCUGUUGCACCUUUGGCUGAUCCCAGAAUGCAAACAGAAAUGUUCACUCGAGAUAGUGCUCAAGAUGAAAUGAUAGGAUUAACAGCAGAAGACAAUGCACAGUCGAUUAUCAAACCAUUAGGCACUUUUAAUGAUUCAUCUGUUAAUAAUAUGAAUGAUGAAAUUGUUCAAUUUAGUGGCCCAUGUCCAAAUUGUCAAUCAAUUUGUGAAACCAAUAUGAAAGUGACAGAUAUUCCAUACUUCAAACAAGUAGUGAUCAUGGCUACUACAUGUGAAGAUUGUGGCUAUCGUACUAAUGAGGUGAAACCAGGUGGUGGCGUUGAAAAGCAAGGUUUACAAAUAACUGUUAAAGUAUCAGAUCCAGAAGAUUUAAACAGGGAUAUAUUGAAGUCAGAAACAUGUUGUCUUCGUAUUCCACAAUUGGAUUUUGAAGCUGGUGCACUUUCACUGAGUGGUCGAUUCACUACUAUUGAAGGUCUCAUAACAUCAUUACAUGAACAGUUGAAAGAUACUGCUACAGCAUUUUAUUCUGGUGACAGUCAGUCUGAAGGUGUUAUCGCCAAAACAGAGAUAUUUUUAGAAAAACUGAAUAAUAUUAAAACUUGUAAAAUGCCAGUUGAUAUUGUACUGCAUGAUCCGGCCGGAAAUAGUUAUGUCCAGAGUUUAACACCUCCAGAUUUGGAUCCAAAACUUACUAUCACUCGGUUUGAUAGAACUGAAGAGCAGAAUGAAGAGCUAGGGUUAAACGAUAUGAAAGUAGAUGAUUAUGAAAAAAAAUAAAUGUACCAAGUAAUAUUUGGUUUAAUAAUUAUACCCAGUUUUAUUAUAAUAAAAUGUAAUACAGUAAAAAUAUGACUAGUAUUUUUAUAUUGAAAUUACAACCACAGUUAUAA